AUGACUUUCAUGGCUCAAACAGUAGUGGAUAGGAUCGAGUCUAUAUCUGAUGAUCCGUACCUAUCUCUCAGCCGAUUUGACUCCGUCUUAUCUGGAAACCUGAAUCCAAACUUCCUAAUAGAUAUUAUUGGUCAAGUGGUUAAUGUUGGUGAGAUGCAGACGAUAGAUGUCAAUAACAAGCCCACACACAAGAUUGACUUUGAACUCAGGGAUGAGAGUGAUGUGAGGAUAACAUGUACUUUGUGGGCAUCAUUUGCUGAUCAAAUCUAUGCUGCUUGCCAAGAAGUUGAUGUGCACAGGGUGAUUUGUCUUCUUAGAUUUGCAAAUAUCAGACUCUAUAAUGAUGUGAGGACUAUCUCAAAUGCGUUCCAUGCGUCUCAACUUAUUAUUAAUCCAGACUACGUUGAGGUUAUAGAGUUCAUGGGAAAGUUGCCAAAUGAUGGACUUGCUCUCACUAUCCUUGAGGGCAAUCCAAAUCGUGAACUACAGUUAGCCAACAACAGAGAGUUCUACCAACAGUUUCCGAGUAGGACAAUCAAAGAAAUCCUAGAAGCCCACGAGGUUGGUAGGGUGAAACUGGUCUGUACUAUUUAUGCUAUCGACUGUGAUUGGGCGUGGUAUUACAUAGCAUGUAAAAAGUGUAACAAGAAGGUGACUAAGGUGAAGCCAAACACAGCUGGAAGUGCUGCCUUGGCUCCCAAUUUGGAGGAUAUUCUUGAGGAAACUACUUAUGCUUCUUCAAGUGAAGAUAAUGAACAGAACUUUGAUGUUAGUAGUCAAGAAGACAGUGACUCCGAUAAUUCAGUGGCCAGUAGUGACGUCUUCGUUGAAUCAGAAAUUCGGCUGAUGGUCCAGAAAAUUAGCGAGAGAUAUAAGAGACGACGUAAAGGUUUCAAUGUUAAAUCAUUGUCUUUAGGUGGAUCCAGAAAAUUGAAUUCAAAAGGUGACAAUAUAUCUCAGAACAGACCAGAAGGAACUGAAUAUUUAGAUCAUGGAGAUCCAACAUACAAGUGUGCUUACUGUGGAGCUAUGAUGUGGAUCCAAGAAAGAGAGAAUGAAUCCCAAACUCUGUUAAGGUCUAAGCGUCUAUUCCAACAGUUUUUGGUAGAUGCAUACACCAGUUUGGAAUCAAACAGGUUGAAGUAUAUUAAAUUUAACCAGUCGAAUCUAAGAUGUGAUAAUUACGCAUCUCUUGAAGCAGCAGCCGAAGGUGGAAACAAUAACAUGGAAGAGCAGGGGAAGCAAGUUCGAAUCCCUGCCUCUUUUACUGGUGGACCUCGCUAUAUGUUGCAGAGUUAUUAUGAUGCCAUGACUACAUGUAAACAGUAUGGGUUUCCCGACUUAUUCAUUACUUUUACAUGUAAUCCCAAGUGGCCAGAAAUAACAAGGUACUUGAAGAAGAGCAAAUUGAAUUCAGAUGAUAGACCAGACAUUAUGUGUCGGAUGUUCAAGAUAAAACUUGAGUCUCUUAUGAGAGAUUUAACAGAAGAACAUAUACUAGGGAAGACUACAGCGGCAAUGUACACCAUUGAAUUUCAGAAAAGAGGACUACCCCAUGCUCAUAUCCUUCUAUUCAUGGAUCAAAGUUGUAAAUUACCAACAGGCGAUGAUAUUAACAAGAUCAUAUCUGCUGAGAUUCCAGAUAAGCUUCAAGAUCCUGAACUAUACGAUGUUGUCAAGGAUUGCAUGAUCCACGGACCGUGUGGUGCUGCUAAACCAAAUUCACCAUGUAUGGUUGAUGGAAAGUGUUCUAAAUUUUACCCUAAGGUCCAUGUUGAAGAUACAAGUGUUGGCAAAGAUGGAUAUCCAGUUUAUAGGAGAAGAGUAUCUAUGGCUUAUGUAGAGAAGAAUGAUAUAAAGUGUGAUAACAGAUAUGUUGUUCCUUAUAAUCGUCUCCUAUCAUUGCGCUAUCGGGCUCACAUCAAUGUUGAGUGGUGCAACCAAUCUGGUUCCAUCAAGUACUUAUUUAAGUAUAUUAACAAGGGACAAGAUCGUGUAGCAUUUGUGAUAGAACCUAAAAAAAAAACUACUUCAGUUGAUAAUGGCGAGGGUAAUGGUUCUAACAUCACAAAGGAAGCAGGGACUGGACAUACUUCAUCUUCUAUAAAUCUCGAAGAAAAGAAGAAAGAUGAAUAUAGAAGCAUACCAGUGAUGAAACUUCCAUUCCAUCCUCCAGGAAAGCAACCAGUUUAUUACAAAAGAAAAGAGAACAUUGAAGAUGUUUUGGAAAGAAGAGCUAAUGUGGAUUCUAUGUUCAUGGCCUACCUUAAACUGAAUCAGGUUAACGAGUUUGCUAGACAGUUCACUUAUGCUGAAAUACCAAAAUAUUUUACUUGGGAUGGUAAAAUAAAGCAAUGGAAGCUUAGGGAGAGAGGUUUCUCUAUAGGAAGAAUCAAUUAUGUACCACAGAAGAUGGAAGCUGAAUAUUACAUGAGAAUACUUCUUGGUAUAGUGACUGGUCCUAAAAGUGAUGAAGAUAUUAGAACAUACAGAGGUGUUGUCUAUGAUACAUAUAAAAAAGCAUGUUGGGCACGUAGUAUUUUGGAAGACGACCAGGCUUAUAUAGACAGUAUUUUAGAAGCAAGUGCAUGGUUUUUUGGACCGCAGCUGCGUAAUUUAUUUACAAUGAUGCUUUUAGAUGGUUGUUUAUCAAGACCUGAGCAUGUGUGGGAAACAACUUGGCAAGUAUUAUCAGAAGACAUCGAGAACAUGAAAAGAGAACAAUACAAUAAUCCAGCAUUGAAUUUAACAGAGGAUGAGAAGAAGAAUUAUACUCUCUAUGAGAUAGAAGAGUUGAUGUUAAGCAAUGGUGGAACUCUACAAGCAUUCGACGAUAUGCCUAAGCCAACUGAUAUGGGUGUUGAUCAUUCCAACCGUCUCAUUACAGAAGAAAAGAACUACAAUCGUGAUUAUUUGAAAGAGAAACAUGAUGAAUGGAUAAGUAAGAUGACAUCAGAACAACGAGCUAUAUAUGAAGAGAUCAUGUGUGCUGUUUUGAAAGACAAUGGCGGAGUGUUUUUUGUAUACGGCUUUGGAGGGACUGGAAAGACUUUUAUGUGGAAAACUUUGUCUGCUGCUGUGAGAUAUAGAGGAUUGAUAGCAAUAAAUGUCGCAUCAAGCGGUAUUGCGUCUUUGUUGUUGGAGGGUGGAAGGACUGCACAUUCAAGGUUUUGUAUCCCAAUAAACCCUGAUGAUUUUUCAAUGUGUAAUAUCAAUCCUACUUCAGAUCUUGCUAACAUGUUGAAAGAAACAUCUUUGAUCAUAUGGGAUGAAGCACCAAUGAUGAGCAGAUAUUGUUUUGAGAAUUUGGAUAGAAGUUUGUCAGAUAUUAUGAGAAAUGGUGAUACUAAGCCCUUUGGUGGAAAGGUUGUUGUGUUUGGAGGUGAUUUCAGACAAGUUCUCCCAGUUAUCAACGGUGCUGGUAGGGCUCAAAUUGUUCUAGCCUCUUUAAAUUCAUCAUAUCUGUGGGAACAUUGUAAGGUUCUAACUUUGACAAAGAACAUGCAGCUUAUGUCAAAUGGAGUGUCUGAUAGUGAAGCAGAAAGUAUUAAGGAGUUUUCUGAUUGGAUAUUAGUAGUUGGGGAUGGGAAAAUAAAUGAGCCUAACGAUGGGGAAGCUCUAAUUGAUAUUCCAGAUGAAUUCCUAAUCAAGAAUGUUGGUGAUCCGAUCGAUGCUAUAAGCAGAGCCGUGUAUGGAAAUUUGGAAAUGUUGCACAACGAAAAGGAUCCUAAAUUUUUUCAGACCAGAGCCAUCUUAUGUCCAACAAACAAAGAUGUUCACACUAUAAAUGAACGAUUGCUUGAAAAGCUUCAAGGUUAG